AUGGCUGGAAGAAAUCGUAAGUUUGUUUUGGUUUAAAAUUUAUUGUUUAACUUAUUUAUUUCGUAGUUUUCAAUACAAAUUUUUGAAUUUUCGGUUACAUUAUGUUACAUCCUUAGAAACCGGAGGAGUUUAUCGCGUAUUGACGUACGAUCAGAACACAACGAUCAAUAACUUUGUGUACAUGUAUUAUGAGACAUUUGACAUCCGACGAGACAUGUUACCUUAUUUAUUCGCUGAAUCAAAGGAAGGUAUGGAAAACUAUCCGGCACUCAACUUUAACGGUCAAAAUUACUCGGGAAUCGAUGAGAUUAAAGCAAACUUGUUUACUAUUGGUGACACAAAUCAUGAGUAAGUACUUUUAUUAUAAUUUUACGUUUAUAUUUUUUGAUUUGCAUUUGAUUUUGAUUAGAAUGGCGAUGUCAUGCAUGUGGGCGUCAAGUGUAAUAUUGAAAUUUGAAGGGAAUGCUUGAAUGAAAAUUAAUUUAGUUCUUUUGUCAUAGCAAAAAGGUUUAGUAGAUUGUUUUACUUUCGUUUUUAUAAAAGAGAUCAAGAAAUGAUGACGAUUUUGAAUUCAAAACGAUGUUAUCCUUGCGAAAUGUAGUGUAAUAUUAAAAAAUGAAGGUAAUAUUCAUAACUUUGUGGGAAGAUAAGUCUGAUGUUGAUUAUUAGUUCAGCAGAAUAAGUUUAGUGUAAAAUUUCAGAUUGACAUCAGUUGUUGGUUUGCUUUUAAAUCAAAAUGAAAAGGAAUACAUGGUAACAGUGCAAGGAACAGUUACGAUUAAUGGAGGUGAGUUCAUGUUUUCCGAAUCUAUGGUGCUUGAAGAGACGGACAAAGUGAGGAUUGUCAGCACGAAUUGUCGGAUCUAUUAA